AAUCAAUGCUAUUAAGCUAAGUUCAUAUGGCCGCGCGGCACCGCGCGCCGACGCGCGAUGUGAGAGUUCACAUGACAGGGUAUAUACGAGCGCCAGUCUGGCAUUAACAUUGAUAUACAAUGGACGUGGAGGAGGCAAUUUGCUUGUGGAUUUUAUAUAGAAGACUGAGACGUCGCAGAAGACGACAAAGGCGAUACUGGGUGCAUCCAAUAUUAAGUGACAGACUUUCUUCAAGCCUGUUUGUCACCUUAUACCCUAAGUUGAGGUUACAUGAAGAAAUUUUUUUUAAUUAUUUCCGUAUGUCAGUUGCAACCUUUGAUUUUUUAUACGAUUUCAUUGAAAAUGAUUUAAAAUCCAGUGAAAAUGCUGUAAGAUAUUGCAUAUCACCAAAAGAAAAACUCAUUGUAACAUUGCGGUACCUAGCAACUGGUUCUUCAUUUGCAGAGUUACAAUAUGGUUAUAAAAUUGGCAAGUCUACGAUAUCGGGUAUAAUUAAGCAAGUGUGCCAAGUUUUUUGGAGAAAUUUAAAAACUUUGGUCAUGAGUCCACCAACAAAAGAAAUCUGGACACAAAUAUCUAUACAAUUUGAAAAUAAAGCAUAUUUUCCAAAUUGUGUUGGAGCGUUGGACGGCAAACACGUUCGUUUAAUACAGCCACCAGAAUCAGGAUCAAUGUAUUACAAUUAUAAACACUUUUUCUCAUUAGUUUUAAUGGCUUUAUGUGAUGCUAACUAUUGCUUCAUAUGGAUAGACGUUGGAGCUUACGGAAAAGACAGUGAUUCGGGUGUUUUCAAGGAAACGUCAUUAUUCAAAAAACUCUCAGAAAAUUCGUUGAACUUACCAGAGCCUAGAUCUAUCACAAAUAAUGAGAGCGAUGCAUUUAAACUACCAUACGUAAUUGUAGCUGACGAGGCUUUCGCUAUGACUAAAAAUUUGAUGAGACCCUAUGGUGGUAAAAUGUUGUCAAAAGAAAAAAAAAUAUUUAACUACCGCCUUUCUUUAGCACGAAGGUAUGUCGAAUGUACAUUUGGCAUAAUGUGUAACAAGUGGCGUAUCUUACACCGGCCAAUAGACGUGAAGAUAGAUUUUGCUGUUGAUAUCGUCAAAGCUAUUUGUGUUUUACAUAACUUGGUAAGGAUGAGAGAUGGUAUAAAUCAGGAUGAUAUGAUCAAUCCAGCGCCAUUACCUAAUGUGAAUCCAACUAACAGUGGACGAGCAAUCCAUGAAGUAGAUAAUAUUCGAACUAAAUUCACAAAUUAUUUUGUUACUGAAGGUAAAUUAGAUUGGCAAGAUAAAAUGGUGUAAUAGGUGAUGAUUUUAUAAAACUUAUUUUAAAUAAAUAAAACUAAUUAAAAAACAA